AUGGUGGCUGGAGCUGCGGUGGCUGCUCCUGUUGUUCUAGCUGCUUAUGGAGCAAAGAAAGCUUAUGAUGCUUUUGAGAAAAGAAAUGAAGGAGAAGAAGAAACAGAAGAAAAACAUCAAGAACCUGUGUCUUCACCAAGAGAUGACGAACGAAGAUAUUCGAAGCCUUUAGCUGAAACACCGACUUCUGAAAGAUCUGAAGAAGUGCAUUAUGAACAACAACAAUAUCAAGAAGAACACGAAAAGGAGAAAUCAUUUGGAGAAUCUCCAGUUGAAGAAAGGGCUCAAAUGGCUGAGUACCCCGCAGAGUUUGAGAAAAUGAAAGAUGAAGAAGAGGCAUCGAUCAAGUCUUUGAAAUCGGCUACUCCAGCGGAAUCAUCUGUUAGAGAAGAAGAACAGGAACAGGAAUCAGCCGAACCAGUUGAAUCAUCUGAAGAAGAAGUGGAAGAAGAGGAUGAACACGGAAACAUUCGACGAGUGAUUCGGAAGAAGAGAAUCACAGAAAAGUACACAAGGACAGAGUUCCAUAUUCCGGAAAGAGAAGGUCAUGAAGGAGCUGAAGAAGAGGUCAGAGAAGCGCUUUUAAUUGAAAAAGAUGAAUCACCGAACGAUGAGCAAUUUGAAAGAAAACUGUCUGAAGAUCGAUCAUCGAAAAGAUCAUUUGAUGAACACAAAAAGCCGAGCACAUCUGAGGAUGAAGAUGACGAUAAAUUUGAUCGUGAUGCGCCUAAAGAAUUGGCUGAAGAACACCGUGAAAGAAGAGAAAGUGAGACAUUUGAAGAACCGAUUCAUUAUCACUCUGAUGAGGCCAUGAUAAAGAAAGCUGAGAUUUUGGGAUCUCCACGAGAAGAAGAAGAAAAAGCCGCCUCUCCACUUCCAGAAGCUUCUCCUGAGCUUGAAGAGAUGAGGGAUGAGUCAAGAAUUGCUGAAGUGAGAAGACUUUCUCCAGAAGGUGAGGAAGAAGAAGAGGUUGAAGAAGAGGAUGAAUUUGGAAAUAAACGCAGAGUGAGAAGAAGAGUGACAGAAAAGUACACAAAGACAGAAUAUCAUAUACCGAGACGAGAGGAUGAAGAGGAGAUUGAUGAAAGAGUUGAAGAAGAGAAAGAGACUCCAGCAAGACCGGUAGAACUUCUGUAUAAAGAAGAGGCUGAAGAAGAGGCUGAAGAAAUGAUUGGCACACCAAGUGCUGAACUUUCGCCUGAAUUGAAAGAGGUGGAGGAAUCGGUGAAAAGUGCUGAGAUUCGAGUCUCACCUCCAGCUUCAAUUCACAGAGAAAGUCCAUCUGAUGAAGAAGAGAGAAUUGAGAAAAGGAUAGCUGAAAGUUCUUUGGAAGAAAGACAUGAAUUUGUUGAGACUGUUGAGAAUGUCGAGUCUCCAGUGGAACAAGUCAAAGAAAAGCCUUUAGCUGAAACACCAACUUCUGAAAGAUCUGAAGAAGUGCAUUAUGAACAACAACAAUAUCAAGAAGAACAUGGAAAGGAGAAAUCAUUUGGAGAAUCUCCAGUUGAAGAAAGGGCUGAGUACCCCGCAGAGUUUGAGAAAAUGAAAGAUGAAGAAGAGGCAUCGAUCAAGUCUUUGAAAUCGGCUACUCCAGCAGAAUCACCUGUUAAAGAAGAAGAACAGGAACAGGAUGAACAACAACAAUAUCAAGAAGAACAUGAAAAGGAGAAAUCAUUUGGAGAAAAGUUAAAAGGAUUUGGAAAGAAAGCUGGAAUGGUGGCUGGAGCUGCGGUGGCUGCUCCUGUUGUUCUAGCUGCUUAUGGAGCAAAGAAAGCAUAUGAUGCUUUUGAGAAAAGAAAUGAAGGAGAAGAAGAAACAGAAGAAAAAUAUCAAGAAUCUGUGUCUUCACCAAGAGGUGAAGAACGAAGAUAUUCUAAUGAUGAAUCAAAAGUUGAACAAUAUCAUUAUGAAGCUGAAGUAGAGGCUGAACCUUUGAAGAGAUCGGUUGAGGAUGAAACUGUUUCUCAUGAAAGAAAGACUCCGGAAGAGGCUGCAAGAUUAUCAGUUGAAGAGAUGCGAUAUGAAGGCUUUCAUGCUGAACCUCAUACCGAAACCGAGUCAGAAGUGGAGCAUUUUGAACGAAUGCCCAUUCAUGAGCAAGUUGUGCAUCAUGAGGAAUCGGCUGCAGAUCGAUAUGAAUCUGAAAUCAAAGAGAGACAUGAAGAAACGGUUUUUGAAAGAAGACAAUCCUACGAGGAGGCUGAAAGAACUCCAGAAGAACAAAGAACAUUUGGUGAAGAUCGGCUAGAGAAAGAGUCUGAGUAUGAAGAACGAUAUUCUGAAAAGUAUUCAGAGCCUGAAGAAUCCCAUGAAGAGCUUUCACAGAGAGAAGAACCAAGCCCUGAACGAAUGACACCAGAAAGAGAGCCAAAAGCCGAUGAAUAUCAAAAAUUUGUCGAAGAAGAAGAACGACAUCCAAUUCAUGAGACAAUUGUACAUCAUGAUUUUCCAUACGUUGAAAGAGUAGAGAGUUCUAAAGAAGAGAUUGGCGAGCACGAGUUUGUGCAACCAGAAGAGAAGAUGACUCGUGAUGAGGAAGAAGUGGCUCAUCGUGAAGCACAACCUGUAACACCAGAAGAAAGAAGAGAGCCUCAUUAUGAGGAUGAUGCUAUCGCUGAACAGAGGCCACCUUAUGAAGAAGUUUCUCCUGAAGUGCGAAGAUCGUUUGAAGAAGAGCCAGCUGAAGCUGUUCAUUCUGGGCUUAGGUCUCGAGCCGACUCCCACGCUGAAUCACAAGUUGAACCUCGUGAAGAAAAGUUCUAUGAACAAGAAGAAGCAGCUCAAACAACUCAACAGGUUUCAACAACAAUGUCGGAAGAAGCUGAGACUGGGCACAAGUCAGAAGAAGAGGUCUAUGAGGUUGGGCAUUUGGAGAGGGAGUCUCCAGAGUUUGAGGAAAAAGAAGAUCAAUAUGUGGCACUUAAAGAAGUUGAAGCUUCGGAUAUGAUUGAAAAGGAUUCUUACUAUGAACAUCCAACUGGUGAUGAAGAGUUACAAAAAGAAGCUGAAGAGGCAAGCCGACGCGAAAGUGAAGUCAGCGCUGUUGCCAGUGAGUCUCGUGAAGAGGCAAGCCGACGCGAAAGUGAAGUCAGCGCUGUUGCCAGUGAGUCUCGUGAAGAGGCAAGCCGACGCGAAAGUGAAGUCAGCGCUGUUGCCAGUGAGUCUCGUGAAGAGGUGAUGAGAAUAGAAGAACAACUAGAGUCACCAAUUAAAGAGAUAAGAGAGCAAGAGUUUGAGGAAAAAAUAGAGCAUGAGACUGAAGAGAAAGCUUGGCCGACAAAAGAAGAACAUACCUUUGAAGAAAAAAUAGAAGAGCAUGGGACUAGUGAAGAGAAAACUUCGCCGACAAAAGAAGAAAAUUCUUUUGAAGAAAAAGAACAAGAGGAUGAGUCACUGGUUUCUCCCGUUGUCGAGAUUCAAAUCUCAACACAUUUUGAGGAGCACCCAGAAGAAGAAGCCGAGUAUGCUGUGGACUCUCGAAGAGAAUCUGUUGAAAAGGCUUUUGACGUGGAUCACAAAGAGGUACAUGAAGAAGUUGGAGAAGAGGUAACUGGAUUUGAAGAACAUGACAAAGAAUCAACUUCUGGUGAACCGGCGGUUGAACAUAAAGCUCAUGGAUGGGCUGAUGAAGAAAUUCACGAAGAAAAAGCUUCACCAGAAGAAGAGUCUUUUGAAUCAAAAGUACAAUCUGUUGAAGAAGAGCAUGAACCAAGAACGCCUGGUGAACCAGAAGUUGCGCACAAAGCUUACCCUGUUGACGAAGAGAGCUGGUCAAAACAAGAAGCAAUAGAGCCAAGAGAAGCUCCACUAUCACCAGAAGAUCAAAGAGAAGCUGUUGGAGUUGAAAGAAGACCGUCUGAUGAAAGAAGAGAUUCUACAAAAGAUGAGACAAGUCUCGGCGACAAGUUUACUGAUUUUGCAAAGAAAGCCGGUGCUGUCAUUGCCGCUCCAGCUGUACUUGCUGCAUAUGGAGCGAAGCACGCGUAUGAUUCUUUAAAGGAGGAGCCUGUGCAAAGAAAACUCUCGACUUCUCAACCACCAAGUCCCCUUGAACAGCAGUACUUAGAAGAAAUUGAGCAAAGAAAAGAAAACCUUGCUGAAGAUCAGUCUCCAGUUUCUGAGGGACCUGAUAGCCAUCCACAAUCAUUUGACGAGCUUGAAACGGUCGAAAGAGAAACCACAACUCACUAUGAGACUCAUUAUGAAGAGCCAUUACAUGCUGAAGCUGAAGAAGAGAAGCCUGAACACUUGGAAGGUACUGAAACUGAACGAGAGAGCCCGAUUCAGUAUGAUAAUUAUGGAAAUGAAUUGAAAGAGACAAAGGAUGAACAAGCUGAAGAUCAAUCUCCGGUAUCUGAAGGACCAGAUAGUCAUCCUGGUUCAUUUGAAAAAGAAACGAUGGUUAGAGAAAGCCCAACACAUCUUGAGACUCAUGAAGAACCGUUGAGUCCAGCUGAUGAAGAGGAAAGAUAUCAUAUUGUAGAAGAGAGGACAAGAGAAGUUGGAGAAAUUCAAUCUCAAAAUCUUGUUGGAGAUGAGAUUCAAGAGAUUGUAGCGGAAGAGGCUGAGAAUAAAGAGAUUUGGUCAGAAGAAAAAGAGACUCCAUCAAAAGAAUCAGAAGCUCAUGAGGAAGCAAUCCAAAAAGCUGAGUCUGAGCAAUCUUUUAGUCUAGAAAAGAUCGUCGAAGGACCUCAAAAGCAUGGGAUUUUCGAUACUGAUCGCAAAUCUAGAGAACACGAAGAGCCGACGUUCUUAGAGCAUGAAAGUGAACCACUCUACGCAGAAGAACAUGAAUCCCACUUUGAUAGAAGUCCAUCUGAAGGAGGAGAUCAUCAAGACGUUGAAGGUGAAGAAAGAAAAGGUUUCGGAGAUCGAAUGGCCGGAUUUGCAAAGAAAGCGGGAAUGGUUGCUGGUGGAAUCAUUGCCGCACCGGUAGCUCUUGCUGCUUAUGGAGCAAAAGAAGCAUAUGAAGCUGUGAAGAAGCAUAGAGAGGGACAUGAUGAAGAAAUGGCUGAAGAAAGAGAAAUUAGUGGACAAGUCGAAGAGCUUCAUCACGAGAAGCCUGAACAGGAGUCGGAAUUCGUAUUACAAACUCCAGAAGCGUUCAGUGAAAGUCACAGAACUGUUGAAGAAAUUGGUCAAGGUUUUUCCGAAGAAGAACAGCAGAAAGGAAUUCUCUCUGAAGAGCAUUACACACAUGGAAGAGAGCAUGAACAUGAGUUUGUUCAAGAAUCACAACAUGAAGUAGAAAAAAGAGAAGCUGAGGAAACUUUGUCACCGAUUGAGACUGAAAGAGUGACUCCAACAGCUUUCAGGGAUCAGCUGGAAUAUAAAGAAUUCAAUCAACAACAAGAUGAGCAUGAACGACUGCCAGAAAAAGAGACCUCACCUGAUCAUAGUCAAAGAUUUGUUGAAAGUCCUUUUGAAGAACACAUGGCACAAGAAGUUGUUGAAAUUGUGACUUCUGAGGAAUUCAAUGACAAUGAAAAGCUUUCACAAGAAAGAAAUGAUGAUUUUGAAAGCGAGAAAAUGGUUGAUGAAAGCCCGAUUGAAACAAGACGGUGGCCAGAAGAGGCAGAAAGUGAGGAGAAACAAGAGAUCGAGAAAACACCAUCUUCUCAACAAUCUUCUCAACAAUCUUUUGCACAAGAUCGGGAAUCUGUUGCUGACGAAGAGAUUCAUUAUGUUGUGAGCCCAAUUGUGAUUAGGGAAGAGCUUGUAACUGAGCCACAAUUGGACAGUGAUGGUUAUCCGUUUGAAGAAGUGCUACAAAGUGCUGAAGAAAUGGGCGGUCAUCCUUCCGACGAUCACCGUGAACAAGAGGCUGCUGAAGUUGAGACUCGUGUAGAUUUUGAAGAGAGAAUCGAGACUCCUGCUGAGACUGAAGAAGUUGAAGCUCAACCAGAAUCUCCAAAACAAAUCCCGAAAGCCGUUGUGGCUCCAUUUGAGCACGAGGGCCAGCUUGAAUAUGAUGAGGCCAAAUCGGUGACCUCGGAAAAGAGCCAAGUGGUGGAAAGUCUUGAAGAGAUUUUGCCGGAAGAUGAGACUCAACAAGAUCAACGAGUUUCUCAUGACUCUGAACUCUUUGAUCAACAAUAUGAGCAAGAGUUAUCUAAAGAAGUUGAAAGUCAAGCGAGCCGUGAUUUUGAAGAGAAAAUGGCUGAAAGUCUAUCAGAGAAAGGGGAGCACGAAACACACGAAGAACUCUCGGCUUACUCAGCUGUACAAAGAGAUCAACCGUUAGAGUAUGAGACUGGUGAAUUGUCAAGAGAAAGCUCUAGACGGCCGUCAGCUUCAAUUGAUAAUGAACAAAAGGCUGAAGAAGUUCAAUUUGGAAGAUCUGAGUCUUCUGAAAAGUUGGAACAAGCUCACGAAGAGGCUACCUUUCCGACAACAGAACAGGAAAGUCCAGCUCUUGCAAGUCCUACUCAUUCCGAUGAACAAUCUAUUGUGAGUCAUAAAGAGAAAGUAGAACAAGCCUACGAAGAGCCUGAAGUUCUAGUUCACGAAAUAGAAACACAUACUGAACCUGAAACAAGGUACUCUCAAGAACAAUUGGAAACCGGCUUGAAUGAGCUUGAAGAUCAAGAGCCAGGGAGCCCAACACAACAAUCAGAGAAAUCGUUUGUGAGUCAUGAAGAACGAGUUGAAUAUCUUCAUCAAGAACCAAGAGAUUUUAUGACACAGGCUUCCCCAGAUGAGGCAAGAUCAAAACACUUUGAUGAAUCCUAUAAAGAACAUGAAGAAGAACUAGGAGAGAAAGUCUUGCUCAAGAAAGUCCCACACAACCUUCUGAAAAAUCAUUUGCAAGUCACAGUUUCACAAGAGAAAUAUGAAGAUUUGGAAGAGGCUCAAUUCGAGGUACAUCGAGAAGAACCUCAACGAGUCUUUUCAAAAGAUCUGAAAGCAUCUCACGAGGAAACCUCUUUGCCAGAACGAGUUCCAACUCCCGAUUCUCUAUCAGAAGAAAGAGUCAUCUACCAAGAAGAAUCCAAUGAAUCUGAGGGUGAAACAAGUUCUUUUGUCGACAGCGGUCAUCCCACUUUGCGUGAAGACAAGCCUGGUUUUAGCGAAAAGUUGUUUGGAUUUGCAAAGAAAGCUGGAAUGGUGGCUGGAGCUGCUGUUGUUGCACCGGUUGCUCUUGCAGCUUAUGGAGUGAAAGAAGCUGUUGGAACAAUUCGAAGAAAGAAUUCAAAAGGAGACUAUCAAGGACUUCCAACAGAAGAGCCUGAAUAUCUUGUGGCAUCGGAGAGCUAUGAGCCGGUUGAGUAUGGAAUCAAUUAUGAUGAAGAAGAGAAAAUUGAGGAAGUUGAGAAGAUGGAUGAGAUUUUGGAAGAGACUGGAGAAGAGAUUGAACGAAGAACUCCUUUGGAAGAGACUGGAGAAGAGAUUGAACGAAGGACUUCUUUGGAGGAGACUGGAGAAGAGAUUGAACGAAGAACUUCUUUGGAAGAGACUAGAGAAGAGGUUGAACGACGUGUUCCUCUGGAUGAAGCCAGUGAAGCUUCUUUGGAAGCAGCAAAAGUUCCGUUUGAAUCUUUGGAAGAAGCUGGUGUCAGUGUGAAGACGAAGAGUCAUCUCAUUGCUUCUGAAGAUUAUCAACCAACAAGUGAAGACGUAUCAAUUCGAGAAGCCUCCACAAAAAGUCUAGCUGGUUCUGAAGAGUCAUUUGAUCAAAUACCAAGGGAAGAAACCAUUCAAACACAUGUCAUUCCUUCUCAGCAGUAUUCUGAAGAAGAAGUUGAGAAUAAAGUCGACUCACCAAUUGACACGCAUAUCAUAAGCUCAUCUCCUUAUCUCCAAGAGGAAGCUGAUCGACCACCUGAAUUCAUUGAUCAAUUGCCUUCUGAUGUCAGCACUCUUCCAGAGACAACUCAUGUCAUCAAAUCUGAGACUUAUGAAGGCGAAGAUAGAGAAGAUGGUGGAGCUUCUCCACCAUCUUCUCCAAUCGAAUUUGAGCAUGCUGAAAGCGAGAAAGAGUUGAGUGCAAUGGAUUUGAAACAGAGAAUCAGCUCUAUGCAAGAACCUGAAGACUCUAAAGCUCAUAUAAUUGAUUCUGAAGAAUAUGAAAUACCUGAAGAAGAAAGAACAAUGUCCCCAAUUCAAAGAGAUCUUAUGGCAAGUGAAUUCGAGAUGAUUCAAGAAGAUGAACAAGUUGAAGAAGAGAGAGAAGAGACUGCAGAGGGUUUUGAAGUUGUUGAACAAGAGGAGAUCGACGAUGGAAACGCAAGAAGGCAAUCACAAGGAUUUACAUCCACUGAUGUAGAUGAUCAAAAAGGUAUUGCCAGCGAGCCAUUUGAAGAUCAAUUGCAAGAUGUUGAGUAUGAGAAAGUCGCGAGAAUCUCUGCAGAAUUAGUUGAUGAAGUGGUCGAGGAAGCUGUUAGAGAAGCAGUUACUCCGAAAACAGAGAAACGUUUACUGAGACUCGAGUCAUGGAGUGAAAUUGCUGUCGAGCCUGAGGUCGACUAUCAAUCAGAUUUACAAGAAAAACUCGAUUUUUUGGCGGCUCAAAGUCGAGUCGAGCUUCCACCAGUUGAUGAAGAAGAUCACACAUUUCAAGAAAAUGAUGAAGAAACAGCUGCGGGAUUGUCUGAAGAUUCGUUAAACACAUUAGCUACUGAAAUGGUUCGAAAUGUGUUAGAAACUGUUGAAGAAGAGGUUCAACAUGAAGAGGCAAGUCGACCCGAAUCUGGACAAUAUGGAGAGUCAAGUCGUUCAGAAAGUGGGCCUUUGGGUGUAUCAAGUCGGCCAGAAUCUGAGCCAUUUGGUGAGCCGAGCAGGCCAGACUCAGAACAGCUUUAUGAAACAAGUCGUCCCGAAUCAGGACAACUCGGGGACACAAGUCGACCAGAGUCAGGCCAAUUGGGUGACUCGAGUCGGCCCGGAUCCGAGCAAUUGGGAGAUUUCCUAACCAUUCACCCAGUUAGCUCGAUUCGGACUGUGGAAAUCAUCUCCGAAUCACAACGAUCAACGCCCGAUGUGCCGCUGAAACUUGACGAAGAUCAAGAAGAUGCUCCUCCAUCAGCGACUGCAAGCGGAAUGUUGUUCAUCCCGGAUGCCGACCCAGGAAGACCGACUUCUCCGAUUCCACCCCCAAGAACAGAUAGCGGUUUAUUCAUUGGAAUCAAGCAGCCCGAAGACACGAUCACCGUCGAACAAUGCAUGACACCCGAUAUUUUCGAAAUGCCUGAAACAAGUGACUCCUCGGUGAAUCCCCUUUUGCGUAAAGCGAUGCAAGAGUCGAUGUAUUUGAAAGGUUUUGAGUUACCUGUAAAACAACGUCCAUUGCAUGAAAUCGAAUCUCCAGAUGCUUUGAUGAGUCCAAAAACUGAGGACUCGUCUCCACGUGAUGAAGAGAUUCAGGAAAUUUUGGGAUCGGCUGAGUCAUUAGAUCGAGCGUCAGUGAAGAGUUUGGGGAGUGGAAAGAGAUAUAGCACGUCGAGAAGAAGCAGCAAUGGAGUGUCACAACAAAGUCAAGAAGUAUCGCCAGAAAUCUCACCUGAAGAGAAAGCUUCUUAUGUUUCGAUCGAAUUGAAAAAAGAAAUGAAUCAAGAACUCGAGCCUGAACAGUAUCAAGUUGUGGAAAGUGUUGAAGAGACGACUGAUGAGGGAUUUGAGACUUAUUCCCAUGGUGAUGUCGUCCCGAUGGAGCCGGAAUUGGAAACUGUUGAAGAAGAACCAGAAGAUAACGAUUCGUUGAAUGGAAGUGGAUCAUCGAGCGCUGGACAACCAGCAUCUCUUGCUUUGUUAGCCAAAUAUAAGCACACUUCUUCUGACAAUGUCUCCGAGUCAAGUUUGCAAGAGUUUGAAAGAAUUGAGAGAUUGGUGAGUAGAGACGGUGGGAGUCUAACUGGUAGUGAGAUUGAGUUGGGACAAGCUGGAGCCAGCUCGGCUAGACCAAGAUCGAUUGAAGGUUCGCUCAAUUCACUUGCUGAAUUUGAACGAAUUGAAGCUGAAAUCGCUAAAGAAGCGGUGGAUCCAGAAGAGGUGAUGAUGCUUUCGGAUAUUCGAGAAGAAAGUGAAGCAGAAGAUAUGAGUGUUCGAGACACAGAUGAGGAAGAACAUGAAGCGCAUACUGAGAUCAAAGUUGUGCCAAUCAAAGAAGAAGACGAUAAAGCACUCACUCCGACAGCAAUCUCCCCAGCUGAUAGCAUUGAGCAGAUACAAAUGGUGGAAACAUUAGAGCCAGUGCCGGAUGUGAGAUUGAUGGAAGCAAGCACUGAUUCAUUAGAACCCUCGGGACGUCAACAAGUUCAUGAGCCAGCAAGGAGGGACAGCAUCGAGGAGACAUCACUUGAAGAAUAUGAAGUGAUUGAGAGGAUGGAGGUGUCAACGCACGAUUCCCUUGAGAAUCUUCCUCAUGAUCGUGACUCUCUUCUGGAAGGAGCCAGCCAGGAGAUUGUGACGAGUCAAGAGGCGCCGAUUCUCAGCCAGGACACCGUUGGCACUUAUCAGGAACACGAAGAUCUUGAUAAAGAUUCGUUGGCUGGUGAAAUGGACAACGUUGUAUCGUCCUAUGUCACCACUCUGACCACUUUUGAAACAAAACAAAUGAAAGACGAUGGAACGGUGGAGACGAUUUCGCGUCGAGUUGAGACUCGAGUGGUGAAUCCCGUUGAGGAUCAUGUCACCUUUACGGGCACGGAAAACGCGGAGAGCGUCUCCCGUUUACCGGAAAGGGGACGAGUGGACACGGUGGACGAACAGGGGAAUGUCACCACAACAACCGUCACUCGAUCACCGUCGCAUCAA